UUGCAUGCGCAGUUAAAAAUGUCAACGGCUGCAGAAAACCAACAAACCUCUGUCAAAUCCAUUUAAAAGCCAAACAGCUCCUACAUCACUUGGACGAGCCCUUAAUUCUCAGGUCUCCAACCUUCAACAAGGAACACUGCACCUACGUGAUAUGCAGAGAAAUAUGAAGCUGGUUUGGUCUCCAGAUACAGCUUUAAAUGCUUAUAUUUACACUGUUAAAUCAUGUGAGAAUCUCAAAGAAUCUGGCGUACCUGAGCUCCUCUCCGCCUUGGCUGCCGGCUGGAAUGCCACCCUCAUAGUAGAAUCAUGGUCUCACGGAAGUCCAACGGCCACGAGCAUCGGCCUAGCUGUCGCUGCAAAUCACACUUGCGGCAGACACGUGUGCUUAGUCCCAGAUGAACGGUCACGAUCGGAGUAUGCAAAAUCCAUGCAAGGGGCUGGCAUGACGAAGACGGAGGUGAUCGUAGGGGAUGUGGAGGAGGUGAUGGCGGGGCUUUCAGGGGUGGAUUUUUUGGUGGUGGAUUGUAAAAGGAGGGAUUUUUUUAGGUUUUUGAGGUUCGCUAAGUUGAGCCAUAAAGGCGCUGUUUUGGUACGCAAGAACGCUUAUCAGAGCAACCUUUCUGGGUUUAGAUGGCAUUGGGUGCUUGAGAGAGGGACACGUGUAGUUAGAUCCGUGUCUUUGCCGGUUGGGAAAGGAUUGGAUAUUGCGAAUAUAGGGAGUAGUGGUGGAGGUGCGAAUUCAAAGAGGAGCCCUAACCGUUGGAUUAGGUUUGUGGAUGAAAAGUCAGGUGAAGAACACGUGUUUCGCGGUUAAAUUUAACGGUGUUAUCAGUUUUUAUGUAAAAUAAUAAAUAUCGCAUUAUCAUAAUGUCAUAUAUAGGUGUGAUUUGCUUAGAUAUGUUUUGUAAUAUAGAAAAUGAACGUUCUCUGA